UAGUAACAUAUCCGUACAACCAGGCCAUGCUGGACAAACACAGUAAAAGACUCGAUCCAUCAAUCGUUCUAUCUCAAGUUCUAGUAGAAAAAAAUAGAGCCUUCGACUUCGUCAAACUCAAGGAUUGGGAUAAGGGGGAACCAGCAUUCAGCAGCCAGCCCAGGCCAAGUAUAGCUGCCAAAGACGGGCAAGCAGAGACAAACAGUGUCAAGCCAUGGACGCACAUUGUACUCUGGCUACCUGCGAAAACUUAGAAUCCUCAUCCUAAUCGGCCGUGGGGGUUGGUGGUCGUAGGUCUCUCUAAUCACAAAGGAUCAUUAGCUAAAAACCAAAAGAAGCCCUUUCAUUUCCUCAAGCCACUAGGAUUCUGUCUAGCUAACAUUGCCAAAUAGAUCUCUUCCAAAAAUGGUAAUAACGUACACGCCCAUGAUUGUAAAACCAUACCAGAAGUUAUGCCAAAAAAAUUAGUGAUAGAGUAUUUUGUACUAAUAUCAUUGAUUAACCGUUUCAUAUACCGCUAAAACUACCUACCGUUAGGAGUUCGGUCUCCAGUAUUUCCGGUCCGACCUGCCGGACGGUUUCUAACAGUUACGUAUACUUCAUGCCAUGGGGUGGGGUUAUCCAAGUCUUUACUUACUUUCUGCUGCCUGCUAAUCACGAUUUAGUCCAUACAAACCAAAAGGGCCUGCUGCUGUUGAUGUCAUGUUGCAACUCUUCACCUUCCAAUUCUUUACAAGUCUUCUCAUCCUGGCCGGCAAAAGCUCUUCCUCUUCUUGAAAAAUGUAUAGCUUCCUCUGACUUUGAGUUCUGAACUUCUGAUAAACAAAAUCAACAAGAGCAGUUGGUAGUCCUCAUGCAUCGAAGAGUUUCAUUCUGCUGCCACUUGGCGACUUCCUAGCUUGCAUUUGACUGUUGGAUUCGCUGAAAUAGUAUUCCUGAGGUCAUCUUCCACAUCUCCCUACUUAGCAUACCUACAAAAAAUCAAUGAAAUAUUAAUGAUCAAGUGCCUCAGCAGACAGUAGGUAGUAGUACUAGAACAACUGCCACUUCGAACACAUCUGUCUAUUCUCGUACAUCAAAGAUCCAACCCACUAUAGGUUUCAUUUAAAGUGGCAGCAGCGCUCAGCAGACUGCUAAACACUUUCUGACAUUUUUUUCCAGACAAAAGAAACAUGGCAAAGCGCUUGUUUGACUCUCCUCCAAGCUUCAUGUGGUGGGCACGGGAUGAUGUCGAACUCACCGAACCAAAUUCAACAAGGCCUUCAUUCAUGAGCGAAGAUAUCUCAGUCGUUAGCGACACCGUGAUGAUCACGCUGCCAACCGGAGGCACCACGACACCUCUCACUCCAACUACGACAAAUGGGCCACCGAUGAUGCUGUUCUCAGGUGGGGCAUCACCGGAUAUCCGCCACAAGAUAGAAAAUGCAUCCCCUACAACAGCAAGACAUGUGGCUAUGAGGAUGUAUCAGAGCAUGAAAAAACACGGACUGAGAGAAGAGGCCACCAGGGUGGUUGCUCAGGAUGAAGAGGAGUAUUCGACGGAGUUGGGAAGAAAGAGUGAGAGUCAGGAGCUGCUUGGGAUGGAGUACAUGUUAAGAGACGGUUUCGUAAAUUAUCUACGAGAUAUGGUCAAAAUCACUCCUCCAAUCCCCCAACAGGUAGUCAGGUUUUCUGGCAUAAAGUACUCGCGCAAAAUGGAGAUACCAACCUGUAGAUAUGAAACCUUUGGGAGUAAGGUCGUUGGAUGCUUUCUCGGGCCAUUCAAGACUCUUCUUCAAGCAAAGAAAUUUAUAUGGCUCGAGGUUCUCAAGGGGGUUGAUGGGUAUAUCAUGCCCGGAUCCAUGACCCUUUUACUUGGUCCACAAGGAAGUGGAAAGAGCACUCUCCUUGAAGUGCUAGCAGGGAGAGCCAUAGUGUCCAAGAAUGUUAAUGUGCAGGGAGCAGUCACAUAUAACGACAAGCAUGCCUCCCAGAUUUGUCUCAGCAGACUGAUUGCUUAUAUAAGCGGCCAGCCAAACCAGCACAUCCCGUUUCUUACAGUUCGCGAGACACUCGAGUUCGCAAGGGAUUGCACUCAGGGUCUUCGGCCAGAAAACUUCACUCCUCAGAUGAGGAAAUUCUUCGCACAUGCACUGGUGGAGGGGCAAGAUCCAUUCCUGGAGUAUGUGUUGGAGAUUUUGAGGUUGAAGGAUUUAGAGCACAAACUUACAGGAGAUGCCUCUGACAGUGAUCGCCAGAAGCUGACAACAGCUGAGUUGGCUCUCGGAACAUAUUCUGUCAUGCUAUAUGAUCAGCCGAUUUCUGGGUCUGAUCUGGCUGCUACAUACAGGCUGGUCGACACUAUAAGAACCGUUAGCAGGAUUCAGCAAUCAUCUGCAGUCAUGGCUCUGACUCAACUAUCACAAGAUGUGUUUGAUCUGUUCGACAGAGUACUAUUGCUCCGUGAAGGACAAGUUCUGUUCCAAGGACCUCGUCAGGAUGCCAUCCCUUACUUUACCAAACUCGGGUAUGCCAAACCGUCACAUGUAGAUUGCUACGAGUUCCUGGAAGAUAUUGCAGCAGGGAAUGGUUCACAGUACGUGCCACCAGGAGCAUCACCCUAUACACUAGAGGAUCUUGUGGACUGUUACAGGGCUUCAGAUCACUAUAAGGAUAUCAUGAGAAUAAUUGCCUCAAAAGAUGUCAAGCAAACAUACUGGCUAGAAAGCGAACCAGGGCUUGGAUUAUCCCUCAAAAGACCAGCCAAGUACCAAUCCUCAACUGACAGAGCACCAAGACGAGAAACAGAACUGGUAGUUACCAAGCUCUCUAAGAAAGUGGGACAUUUAGGGGGUAUCAGGAGUACAGGAAGAGUGCAAGUUGGGGAUGUGGUAACCGCAAUAUCACUGAAUAAAGAAGAAAUGAUUUAUCUAUCAGUUGGACACCAGAAGGUUCAGAAAGACCGCACCAUACAUGUACACUCCAUACUGAAGCAGACAAGACCCCGCAUUCGUCUCCAAGUUGAGCGCGAAAAAGAAGAGGAAGAGAAGCACAUUCUCCAGUGGGAGCAGUUCCAAAGGCCCUUUGUUCAAACCUGGUGGGAAUCCACGAAGACUCUCAUUAACAGGCAAAUUAACAUCACAAAAAGGCUUCAUGCUUUAAUUAAAUUAAGGCUCAUUCAGGCAAUCAUCCUUGGAACAUUCACUGGGUCGCUAUUCUACAAACUUGGGGGUCAGUACGACCAACAAAAGAUGAAUUCAGUAAGGGCUCUAGGCUUUGUGACUACCAUGAGCAUAAUGCUCAUAAAUAUGGUACAACUUCCCUUAUACAUGCUCCAAAGACCAAUAUUCUACAAGCACAAGGCACUGAGGUUCUUCAGAGUUUCGUCAUACAUUGUUGCCCAUUGCACAGUCAACAUCCCACAGACGCUCAUAGAAGCACUAGUAUAUGCUGUUUGUCUCUAUUUUCAAGCUGGCCUAUCCCUGGCAGGAAAUGGAGUGCCACUCUUCACAUAUUUAGCCCUUUUGUUCUUGGUAGCUUUCUUCGGAUCAUCAUUGUUCUUCUUCCUGAGUGCUCUAUCUUCGAUUCCAGAAGUAGGGAACGCUUUGGCAGGUCUACUAGUCUCAACCUUCCUACUUUUCAGCGGCUUUGUGAUCUAUCCAUCAAAGAUCCCAACCUACUGGAAAUGGCUUGUCCAUGUGAACCCAAUUCACUGGGCCAAUGUUUCAUUCUGCCGACUUCAGUUUCUCGAGGGCUACACAGAUCCGUGUUCUGAUUACCUAGGUCAUCUACCCUACUGUGAUCAGUUCCCAAGAAUGACAGUUGGAAAAGCAUACCUGAAAUUCUAUGAACUAUCUGGAGAUACUGGGAGACCCUGGCUGCCAUAUACCAUUCUAUUGGGAUGGAUAGCCAUGGUAAAUUUCUUUGCACUGCUGGGGCUAAAGAAGAUAGAAUUCAGAGGAAUAAGCCAGUCAUUGCCCCAUCUGAGAAGAAAUGCACGAGUCAUCAGCAAAUAUGCAGAAGACAAGCAAGAAGAAUAUGGGACAGACACCAGUCAUAGGGAGAACUCUACUGACCUCAGUACUUCCAUGCAUGCUUCGUAUAGCUACAGGACAGAAGUAAGUCACGAGGUAAAUGACAUAUCCAAGGAGGAAGUUCGAGUUGACGUACGAGGAAACAUGCUUGGCAUACCUGUCAAGAGAGUUACACUUCUGUUUGAAGGCCUGACCUUCACAAGGCAUAAUGAAGUGACCAAAGAAAGCGUAUCAGUUUUCAACAACAUCACAGGCUUUGUUAAACCCCAGCAGAUGGUAGCAUUAAUGGGUGCGACAAGAGCAUGCAAGACAACACUGUUGAAAUGCCUUGCUGGUAGAGUGCCUCUCAUUGGGGAACUCAAAGGCAACUUACACGCAAAUGACGUAAGGGCCAGUGCUACAUUCUCCCGGUUAGUAGGAUAUGUUGAACAUGUCGAUGCCCACCAACCAUUCCUUACAGUAAGGGAAUCCCUUCAAUUCAGUGCUGCACUCCGCCUAGGAAAAACAAUAGACUCCAUGAAUCCUCGCGUUCAUGUUGAAUUAGUCCUCAGCCAACUGAAUCUGAUAACCUAUGCCAACCAACUUGUUGGUUCUCUACGUGGCAACACAGGGAAGACUUACGAAAUAGCCAAAAAGAUUACCAUUGCAGUUGAACUGGUAGCAAAUCCAAGCAUUCUUCUUCUUGAAGACCCAAUAUCUGGCCUUGAUAGUGCAGGGAUUUGGAGCAUCCUCAAUAGUCUCUCUAACGUUGCAGAUUCAGGAAGGGUCAUCAUUGCAUCUCUUACACACCCUAAUGCACGCGUUCUGUCAUCCUUUCACAUGGCCCUAGUCCUAACAAGAGAAGGCCAUCAAGCAUACUUUGGUCCUGUCGGGCAUCACUGCGAAGCGCUGCUGGGAUAUUUUAAGUCCAUCCCGAAUGCCCCUCAUUACUCCAGGAGAGUAAGCCCAAUUAGCUUUGUGAUGGAUGCCCUUGGAUUGGGUAUGGAAGAAGCUUCACAAGCUCCUGCAUUAGAUUAUGCACAGAUUUAUCAAUCCAGCUCUUUGCAGGAGAUCAACAACAAUGAAAUCUGCACAAUAAAGACAUCAAUCAAGGGCAGCAAGUUAGAGGAUAUACCUUCAAAUUAUCCUGCUCCAUAUUCAACACAAGCUCUUUUGGUACUUCUGAGAACACAGAGAUUCUUGUGGAGGAAUGUGCAGUAUACGUUUGGUAGACUGACAGGCUGCAUCGUGAUUGGUCUAUUGAUGGGGUCCUUAUACUAUCAAGUAGAAUACAAAGACACCUUUGGAGCUACUUCGCGUUCACUAUACAUAUACAUGCAAGUUAUUCUCAUAGGUGUUAUCUCAGCCAACAACGUGAUUCCCCAGCUCGGAACAGAUAGGUUAGUCUACUUUCGGGAGAAAAGGGCAAGAAUGUACCUUCCAAUAUUCUAUCCAAUAUCAUGGGCAGUGGGGGAGAUUCCAUACUUUCUCAUGGCUACAUUUGCAGUUAUGGGGAUCGGAAAUGGCAUGGCAGGAAUUGCAACUGAUUCCAUGAGGGAGUUCCUCCUAUAUUGGCUAGUGCUCUUCAUAUUCACCCUUUGUGUGACCUACUUCGGGAUGAUGAUCACUUUCCUAGCACCAGCACCAGUUCUUGCAGCAUUUGUGGUGUCAAUUGUGACAUCAAUAUGGGUUUCGGCUUCUGGAGUGGUUGUUUUGUUCUCGGACAUAAGGUUCUAUAAGUGGAUGUACUGGAGCAACCCAUUCCAGUAUGCCAUGAACAUGAUGACCUCUCUCAGUUUCUACUGCAACACAAAGGCUUGCAACACAACAGGCUGCUCCUGUCCCAAAUUCUCAGAUGGGUCUUACGUGUGGGACAGGUUGGCAUCAAUCAGAAGCUUGAGUUAUGAGAGAAUGGAGACAGACUUGUCGAUAUUGGCUGCAAUGUCUCUGCUGUUUGCAAGUCUGGCGUUCAUACUCUUUGUUGUACUAAAGCAUAACUCAUCGCCCCAGUGACAGAUAGCAAAGGUCUGUACCAAGACUAAUAGAUACAUGUAGAAAAUGGAGGACAUGCUGGCACAUUAGAAUGAUGAAGAAUUUCAGUAUCACAACAAGCAACUGAUCCAGAGGAGACUGAAGAAAGACCUGAAAGCUCA